AUGGCAGCCGCUGUUAAAAUGAUCGUACCUGUUCGUUCAAAGAAUCUGAUAGGAGAAACUGUGGUGAUCACCGGCGCAGGACGCGGAAUUGGUCGCGAAUUGGCCAUUCAGUUAGCUUCCUUAGGCUGCAUAGUCGUCUGCUGGGACAUAGACGUCGAGGCGAAUCGUUCGACGAUGAGCGCCGUUUCCAAAAAUGGAGGGGAAGUUUAUGGCUAUGUGGUCGACGUGUCGAACAGACUGGAGGUACGCGAAGCUGUAAGAUUGAUGAGAAAAGUGGGGAUUCCUGACGUCUCCAUCCUGAUUAACAAUGCUGCCGUGUUGUACCAUCACUCAUUCCUGCAUCAGGAUUCAGAUCUCGUCACGAAGACGUUCGAUGUUAAUACUCUGGCUCACUUCUGGACGAUAGAGGCUUUCCUCCCAAGCAUGAUACAAAACGGAAAAGGGCACAUAGUGUGCCUGAGCAGUAUGUGCGGCAUCUACGGGGUGUCGGAAAAAGUCACGUAUUGCUCUUCGAAGUUUGCAGUGAGAGGAUUAAUGGAAGGACUUAAUGAGGAGUUGCGACUGGAUCCUAAAACAGCUGACAUACGAUUGACGACCAUUUAUCCAUUUUACGUAGAUACUGGCUUGGCUAGAGAUCCCAAGUACAGAUUUCCUUACAUAUUCGGAGCAGUAUCGCCAGAGUACGCAGCGCAAGAAGUGAUCAAAGCAAUGCGAAGAAAUUACACAGAGUAUGCCAUACCAAGGUGUCUUCUGACUUUGAACGCCAUUAAUAGAAUGGUCCCCGACAGCGUGAUGAGAUUAAUUUUGGACUUCCUGGCGGAUGUGGAUCGGAAACGCAGAGAAAAGCUCAUCGCCUGCAAAAAUGUCGCGUCGAACUAACGUUAUCAGUUGCAUAAGUUAAUCAUUCUGUUGUGUUAGUUUCGUUGCUAUGCCUUUUAAGUUCAUGUCACGCGAUUCGAAUGAGGAAUUGAAAGACAAAUAGCGUCAGAGAUGAUGCUCCAUUACGGAAGCUGUGAUUAAAUGAAAUGUUUUCCCCAAGAAUUGGAUGCAUUGACUAAGAAUACAAUCUUAACUUUCUAGAAAUAGUCGUGCAAUUAGAAACGUGGCAAUUAUAGUUAUUAUCUUGGGUACCUUUGUGGGCGAAUUUGGUUCAAUGAAACUUUCGAAGUUUAAUUGCUAUGAGGCUGAGAAGUCACAGUUGAGUGGAAAUAUAUUUUAUUAGUUUGUAUUACCAGUUGCCGUAUGUCAGGUUAUAUUGCAGUCAUAAAAGUGAGCAAUUCAAUGAUUGAAAAACUUCGAAGAAUUUAGAGGAUGACGUACAAAAAUUGUAAAACGCCCAUUUCCUUGAAGCAGCCAUUGUUUGUCUUUGUUUAGCACCUCUAUUAAACUGCAGUAAAAUUAACUUUCUCAUACGUUGGGAAAAACCAUGUAUCUUCGUUACUGUUGGGUCCUGUCAAACACGUGAAUUGAUAAACGGUGCGAGAAGUCAACUUUUUCAGUCUGUCACACGUGUCCAUAAAUUCAACGUGCCUGUGUUAGGUCUUGUAAACAAAAUACAACUUGGUUAAUAUAAUAUACAUUGUUCCACUUGUUAAUGAGAAAUUCCUAUUCAAAUCUAAGAAAAUUCUAUUCGAUCCUGUUUUUAUGGCUCAAGAAAUCUUCUAUUGUUCCUUUUUGAUGGCUGCUCUCAUCUG